CAAAGCUUCUUCUUUUUGUCUCUCUCUCUUCAUUCGGAGUCCCAUUUUCUGCAUUUUUGCUGUCCUUUUCAGUUCCGGUGCCGCUGUUGUGUUGUUACUGUUUUUAUCUUCUUCUUCUUCUGCCCCUAAAGAACCCCAAAUUCCAUGAUGCUUUUUCUUUCUUAUAUGUAAUUGUUUUAUUAUUUUUCCCAUUUUUUUUUAAUUUUUAAUUUUCUGUUUUAUUUCUUUAUGACUAUUAAACUCUGUGUUGAACUUUCAUUUGUGCAGCGUUGAGUUUGCUAGGCUUUCUGGAAGUAUAAGCUGAGGUUGCUUUUGGAAAUUUCAUAAUCGGUGGCCAUUGUGGAAUUUGAAGAAUUUAAAGGUGGCUGACAAUGAUUCUAACAAAGCAGUACCGUUGCAUACACUCAUCAAGCUGUCAAUGCACAAAAGGGCAUCUAAGUGAAGAUGUGAUAUUCCUAGUAUUCCAACGGUUGAACUGGAAUCCUAAGCUAAUUGCUGCUCUGUCCUGUGCAUGCAAGUGGUUUGAUGAUCUAGCUAAGAGAGUACUAUGGAAGGAGUUUUGCCGAACUAGAGCACCAAAGAUGAUGCUUGAUCUGCAAUCUAAUGGGAGUCACAGUGUAGAUGGGAACUGGAGAGCGCUUGGGAAGCUUCUUAUUUACUGUUCAGGAUGUAAGAAGGGUGGCCUUUUCAAUAGCAUUCAAAUUCCAGGCCAUUUUGUUCAUAGGACCCGGUUCUCUAGGACAUCAGGGAAGAGUUUCCUUUUGCCACAAUGCAGAACAGAUGUUUUGUAUGUGUCUGAUCCUUGUGAACAUCUUGAUCAAGGGGAGGAAGGCGAUGUGGGAUUCUUUCGCGGAGUUUUCAAGUCGUUCUCAAUGUCGAAGGUCCGGAAGAUGCUAAUUAAAAGGGAAGCCCGGCUUCAUCCAACAGAGGUGUGCCCUUACUGUAAGGCAAAGUUGUGGAACAUGCUGCAAGCUAAGAUGAUACCUCAAAGUGCCAGCUGUAGAUUGGGUUCAUAUGAGGAUUGCAUUGAGUAUUAUGUGUGUCUAAAUGGACAUAUGCUUGGGAUCUGCACUCUCUUACCUUUGUCUGAUUCGGAAGAGGCAUCUGAGUUGGAGAGAUAGUUGGAAUGAAAUUCAGGUGUGUGUUCUUCAUGUACGCUGGUCAAUGGCAUGGCUAUCAACUAUAAGUUGUGAGACAAAGAACAACAGCUCGUUAACAUCUCACUGAUUUGAAAUUUUGGUGUUCGCAUAAAGCAUCUUCUGAAGCCCUACUGUGAUACUCAUACCUAACGUCACCUGGGACUCUGCAAUAGGAGGUGUUAUUACUCUAAGAUGCAGCACCUUCAAUGGACAAAUAUUGCCUUGAUAUUGAAAGUUAAUCCUAGCUUAUGGUGAUGUCUGUUAUAGCCUAUGUAGAAGACUCUCUCUUUUUAAAUUUACUUAAAUGACUAGACUUUCAUACCUAAAAGGAUCCAUGCAGCCAACUCCAAUUACUUUAGAUUAAGGAUUAGUUGAGUUGCAUACUAAACUUUCAUAUACCUUAACUCAGUGUUUAUCUAAAUGUGUUAUUAUGCGGUAACAUCUUUGAGGUAGUUUAUGUACUUUCUUCCGCAAAGAAAUUGUUUGUUAUAAUUCUAACGAGACAUAUCCUUUCCUUGUGCA